GCGCCUCUGGCGGGCUCCACUGAGAUCCACUCUUUCGGUGCUCGACUCGCCCGUGCUGCUGCGGCCGCCGAAGGAGGGGCAAAGCUCAAGAUGGCGGACAAAACGCCAGGCGGAUCUCAGAAGGCCAGUUCGAAGACCAGAUCAUCAGAUGUUCAUUCAUCUGGAUCUUCAGAUGCACAUAUGGAUGCAUCUGGACCCUCAGAUAGUGACAUGCCAAGUCGGACACGACCUAAGAGCCCAAGAAAACAUAAUUAUAGAAAUGAGAGUACCCGUGAAAGCCUUUGUGAUUCUCCUCAUCAGAAUCUCUCAAGACCUCUUCUAGAAAACAAACUUAAAGCCUUCAGUAUUGGAAAAAUGAGUACGGCUAAGCGAACUUUAAGUAAGAAGGAGCAAGAAGAAUUAAAGAAAAAGGAAGAUGAAAAGGCAGCUGCUGAGAUUUAUGAGGAAUUUCUUGCCGCUUUUGAAGGAAGUGAUGGUAAUAAAGUGAAGACAUUUGUGCGUGGAGGUGUUGUUAAUGCAGCUAAAGAAGAACAUGAAACAGAUGAAAAAAGAGGUAAAAUUUAUAAGCCCUCUUCAAGAUUUGCAGAUCAAAAAAAUCCUCCAAAUCAGUCAUCCAAUGAAAGACCACCAUCUCUUCUUGUGAUAGAAACCAAAAAACCUCCACUGAAGAAAGGGGAGAAGGAAAAGAAAAAAAGCAAUUUGGAACUCUUCAAAGAAGAAUUGAAACAAAUUCAGGAAGAGCGUGAUGAGAGACAUAAAACAAAAGGCAGGUUAAGCCGAUUUGAGCCACCUCAAUCAGAUUCUGAUGGUCAGCGUCGUUCUAUGGAUGCGCCUUCAAGAAGAAAUAGAUCAUCUGGUGUUCUUGAUGAUUAUGCACCUGGCUCACAUGAUGUAGGAGAUCCAAGCACUACUAAUUUAUAUCUUGGAAACAUUAAUCCACAGAUGAAUGAAGAAAUGCUUUGUCAAGAAUUUGGAAGAUUUGGACCAUUAGCCAGUGUGAAAAUUAUGUGGCCUAGAACUGAUGAAGAGAGAGCAAGAGAGAGAAAUUGUGGCUUUGUGGCUUUUAUGAAUAGAAGAGAUGCUGAAAGAGCUUUAAAAAAUUUAAAUGGAAAGAUGAUUAUGUCAUUUGAAAUGAAGUUAGGUUGGGGUAAAGCUGUGCCUAUUCCUCCACAUCCAAUAUACAUUCCGCCUUCUAUGAUGGAACAUACGCUUCCCCCACCUCCAUCAGGACUGCCUUUUAAUGCGCAGCCUAGAGAGAGGUUAAAAAACCCCAAUGCUCCAAUGUUACCGCCACCUAAAAACAAGGAGGAUUUUGAGAAGACUCUGUCGCAAGCCAUAGUCAAAGUGGUUAUCCCAACAGAAAGGAAUUUGCUCGCCCUGAUACACCGAAUGAUAGAGUUUGUUGUACGUGAAGGGCCAAUGUUUGAAGCUAUGAUUAUGAACAGAGAAAUCAACAAUCCUAUGUUCAGGUUCUUAUUUGAAAACCAGACACCAGCCCAUGUUUACUAUAGGUGGAAGCUUUAUUCUAUUCUGCAGGGAGAUUCCCCAACUAAGUGGCGGACAGAAGAUUUUCGUAUGUUCAAAAAUGGAUCUUUUUGGAGGCCACCACCAUUAAAUCCAUACCUGCAUGGGAUGUCAGAAGAGCAAGAAACGGAAGCUUUUGUAGAGGAGCCAAGUAAAAAGGGAGCACUUAAGGAAGAACAGAGGGACAAAUUAGAAGAAAUCCUGCGGGGGUUAACUCCAAGGAAAAAUGAUAUUGGAGAUGCAAUGGUUUUCUGUCUUAAUAAUGCUGAAGCUGCCGAAGAAAUAGUGGAUUGCAUUACUGAGUCAUUGUCCAUCUUAAAGACACCCCUCCCCAAAAAGAUUGCCAGAUUAUAUUUGGUUUCUGAUGUUUUGUAUAAUUCUUCAGCCAAAGUUGCCAAUGCUUCAUAUUAUAGAAAAUUUUUUGAAACAAAGUUAUGUCAGAUAUUUUCAGACCUCAAUGCUACCUAUCGUACAAUUCAAGGCCAUUUACAGUCUGAAAACUUUAAGCAACGGGUAAUGACCUGCUUCAGAGCAUGGGAGGAUUGGGCAAUUUAUCCAGAACCAUUUUUGAUCAAACUACAAAAUAUUUUCUUAGGACUUGUAAAUAUUAUUGAAGAAAAGGAAACAGAGGAUGUACCAGAUGACCUUGAUGGUGCCCCCAUUGAGGAAGAGCUUGAUGGUGCACCUCUAGAAGAUGUGGAUGGAAUUCCUAUUGAUGCUACUCCCAUUGAUGAUCUUGAUGGGGUCCCUAUAAAGAGCCUUGAUGAUGAUCUUGAUGGAGUGCCUUUGGAUGCAACUGAAGACUCAAAGAAGAAUGAGCCCAUAUUUAAAGUUGCUCCAUCAAAAUGGGAAGCUGUAGAUGAAUCUGAAUUGGAAGCACAGGCUGUAACAACUUCUAAGUGGGAGUUAUUUGACCAGCAUGAAGAAUCAGAAGAAGAAGAAAAUCAAAAUCAAGAAGAAGAAAGUGAAGAUGAAGAAGAUACUCAAAGUUCCAAAUCAGAAGAACAUCAUUUGUACUCUAAUCCAAUCAAAGAAGAAAUGACUGAGUCCAAGUUCUCGAAGUACUCUGAAAUGAGUGAGGAAAAACGAGCUAAACUUCGUGAAAUUGAACUCAAAGUUAUGAAGUUUCAGGAUGAAUUGGAAUCUGGAAAAAGACCUAAAAAACCAGGCCAAAGCUUUCAGGAGCAAGUAGAACAUUACAGAGAUAAACUUCUUCAACGAGAGAAAGAGAAAGAAUUAGAAAGAGAACGAGAAAGAGAUAAAAAGGAUAAAGAAAAAUUGGAAUCUCGAUCCAAAGACAAGAAGGAAAAAGAUGAAUGUACUCCAACAAGGAAAGAAAGGAAGAGGCGACACAGCACAUCCCCUAGCCCAUCUCGCAGUAGCAGUGGUAGACGAGUGAAAUCCCCUUCACCCAAAUCGGAGCGAUCAGAGCGUUCAGAAAGAUCUCAUAAAGAGAGCUCACGAUCCAGGUCAUCUCACAAAGAUUCUCCUAGAGAUGUUAGCAAAAAGGCCAAAAGAUCACCAUCUGGUUCGAGGACACCUAAAAGGUCUAGGCGAUCACGGUCUAGAUCCCCUAAAAAGUCAGGGAAGAAAUCCAGAUCCCAGUCCCGAUCUCCACACAGGUCUCAUAAAAAGUCAAAGAAAAACAAACACUGACAUAAAUUUUUAAGAUGCUGUCACUUAUUGGAAAUGCAAUUUUGUUUUGUGCCUGAAUGGUCUGUUUUUUUUAAAAAAAAAAAAUAACAAAAAAUCAAAUGAAAGAGCAUUCCUGGAUUUUUUGUUUAUUUGUUUGUGAAUGCAUGUGUAAACUCAUGAGUAACUGCAUCUGUAGACCUGUCCUUGUUUUAUAUUGUAUAAAUUACUUUUGUUGUGGCUGUUUCUCAAGAUGAAAUUUUUAUUGUGCUAAUGAAUUUCAUCAGAAAUGUGUAUAAUGGAUCUGCUGGCAGUAGUAGUAUUUUGUUUUAGGAUGUUGUGACUUAGCAGAAAUAAUACAGAUGUCUUCCCCCCUUUUGUAGCUUUGACAAUUUGAAUUAGAUUUCAAAUAAAAUCUGAACAGAAAACUAUAAUGUUGUUUUUUUGCCCUAUUGGUGACAUCAAGUCCCUUAAAGUCCUACUAAGUGAGUUUAGCACUUCUGUUGUGUUUCUUAUACUUAAUGCACUUUAUAAGCUCCAUUGUUCGAGUAGCUAAAGUUUUAUAUUUACUAAGAUGACUAUCAAAAUUAAGGGACCUGAGAUUCCUAUUUGGUAGGUUUGCCAACCAACUUCUUCGAUAAGGCUAUCUUGGGUAAUACUAGUACCCAGAGAUCAAAAAACUAAGGAAAGGUGGCAUGGUCUUUUUGUUAAUGGAAUGCCUGGCUAAAAUAUUUUUUCUUUUAUCAAAGAAGCAAUAUGAUUUCAGUGUACUCAGCCUAUGUCCUGAGCAACUAUUUAUUUUUAGGGAAAAAUUAACUCUCCAUCUUUUGGUUUCAUCUUCUAUCAUGAAAGAAGUUUAUUUAUAAAAUAAAUUUUCUAACAAGAGUUGGCCAUAGAAGUUUUUUGUAUGAUAAUUGCCCUUUUAUAGCCCUGUGUAGGUUAUCUUUCAAACACUGGUAUCAGUAUAUUUCUACAAAGUUCUAUUUAAAGCACCUUAGUUUUUUUUUUUGUUUGUUUUUUAAGAAUUGAGUUUUAGCUUUACCUUUAAGUAAAGCUUAAAAGUAAAAUAGUUUUCAGGAAACUUAACAUCCAGUGGUUUGUAAAUUCAAGGUGCAAAAUUGAUUUAAACAAUUUGCAGAGUUAAAAUCUGUUACACAAUGGGAAUAAAAUUGCUGCAGUAUGAGGAAGAAAUAAGAAAACUUGUAUAAUGUUGAUCAUAAUAUUGCUACAAUAUAAUGUAAUAAAGGGUUAUGUAGUCUUGAACUGACACUACUACUAUUUGUGAAUCUUUCAGUUUUUUUGGACACAUUAUGCAGUGGUUUUGAUGUUUUGGUUUUUCCCCCCUUAAUAGCAUAGAUAACCAUUCUAAUAAUGGAUUGUUUUGAGUUACCUUUUUAAAACUAUAUUUUCAAGUUGCUUUAUUUAAUGUUGCCUAGUUAUAAAAUAAAAUAGGCUGCACCGAUGAUGUGGGAAGUAGGUAUAUUAGCUGGUGGUGAGGUGUGCUAUUUCCAAACUGGGCAAACCUACAGCAGCUUUAUAAAUGAGCCAAUCCGGUUAUUGGACUGAAUGGUUCUUACCAACAUGCAAUAUUGCUUCAAGGUUAUUCCCUUAUUGUUCACUCUUUUGUUUGUUCAUAAUGUUAGGGAAUGUUAAUUCCUAAAUGUUGCUUAGAAUAAUUAAAUGUGAACAUUUGGUGCUGGUUUUUAAAAACCUACAGAUACAGCCAUUUUUAAAGGUUUUUAAAAACCUACAGAUAUAGCCAUUUUUCAAGUGUUUUUUCUCCCCUGUUGCUAGCCUGGGGGGAGGAAAUUUUAUAUAUACCUUUCUUUGCAAAAAAAAAAAAUAAUAAUAAUAACAAUGUUGAGUUCCUGGUGAUUUGGGCAUUCCAUAAUUAGUUGGUAUCUAGUAUAGGCUUAGACACAAUAUGGCAGGUCAUGAUUUUUGCAGUCAAAUUACAAGGAAUGCUUACUUUUCUCUCUCAAAAAAAAAUAUUCUGAAGAAGGAGGAGUGAGUAGAAAUUGUUAGGUCAGUUUUGGGUGCUUAUUUGUAGUAUUUUUCCUACUGCAGUGGAAUUAGCAGUUCUUUUAAUGUGGAUCCAGGUACAACGAAUAUCUUAAGGAGGAUUAGAUUGGCUUUCUUUGGGUGGGUGGGUGGGGAUUGCUUAGGCUUGAUAGAGUAUGUGUUCUGUAGAGUUUACUAAUGUGUGUAUUAGAUUGUAUUGGAUUUUUUUUUUUUUCUGGAAUUGCAAAUGGUUAUUUCCAAUUUUACUUAGAAAAUAUCUAGAAUAAGCCUGUUUAAUUCUUCAUGGAUUCUAUGAAAGUUUAACAAGAUCAGAAAUUGGUGAAUUCUAAGGAGGGAGAUACUUUACCAUUUUUAAAAAAAAUAGCAUAUUAUUCAUGUUUCACAUCUAAAGAGCACUCUUCAUUAGAUAGCAGAAUUUCUUCAGGUUGACUAAAACGUUCAUAGGAUAACUUUCUAGUUACAGGAAAUAACCUGGUCCAGCUCUGUAGUAGACGGUUUUGCUCUAUCAUAGCUACGAGUAAGAGGAAAUCCUCGGUUACCUACUCUUUUCACAAAGAGUGUGGCUUAAACUCUUUACCCUCUGUCCUAACAUUCAUACACAGGGAUUUCUUACCAGGUUAAUACCAUUUAAUCUCCUCCUACACUGAGAGAAAGUAAAUAAAUGGUGGUCUAUUUCUUACCAAAGAGAGACCUAUGAUUGAAAGGGAUCAUGUUUGUGUAUCUUUUCUGUGACAUUGUAUUUCCUUAUUCCCAUUAGUUAAGCAUAUGGACAUUUCUAAACUGUAACAUGUUGAGAAGUUAAAAGAUUAAAGAACUAAAACA